UCGAGUCUCCACAGCCUUUCUUCUUCACUUAUAAUAAGCUUGAAGAUCUUCUUCUGCGGACAUUGGCCUCUUUCCAUUUCUCUCUUCUUCCAUGGCUUGUCUUCCUCUCUUCAACUGCUCUUCCUGCAAAGACGAUCACCAUCUCCACACCCAAUUCCUCGACCAAUCGAGGAAGAACCUUCCUCCACAUCUCUCCCGAAGAAAAUCUCACCAUAGCCGCAGAAUCUCCCUUCCCGUCGAUGAUUUCCGGCUGUCGGGAAUCUCACCAGCAACUUCUAGCCGUCGGAUUCUUUGCACCAGCGGUGGUGGCCUUUCCUCCAUUGAAAGAGAGGCGGAUAAGAUGGCGCCUAGAAAACAUGCAGGUGGAAAGGAACAGCUCCGCAUCAGGUUGAACCACCAAGUCAAAUUCGGCGAGCAUGUUGCGAUCUUAGGAUCGGUGAAGGAGUUGGGGUCGUGGAAGAAGAAAGUGCCGAUGACAUGGACAGAGGCUGGAUGGGUAUUGGACCUGGAGCUGAAAGGGGCCAAUGAUGUCGAGUACAAGUUUGUGAUUGUAACAAAGGAGAAGAAGAUGCAAUGGGAAGAAGGCAAUAACCGUGUCUUGAAGCUGCCCAAGGGAGGGAGCUUUGAGAUGGUUUGUCACUGGAACAAGACUCAAGAGUCUGCGAAUCUACUGCAAUUGGACUCCACAGAGUAUGGGAGUGAGAAUGAAGCUGAUACAAGAAAUGGGUCUGCAAUUGUUUCCCCCAUUUCAGAAGGGGAACCAAGCCCCUUUGUUCAGGAAUGGCAGGGGAGGGCUGCGUCGUUUAUGCGAUCCAGUGAACAUGGAAAUAGAGAAGCAGAUAGGAGAUGGAACACUGAAGGUCUUGAAGGGUUGUCUCUUAAGUUAGUCGAAGGCGAUCGUAGUGCUAGGAAUUGGCGGCGUAAGCUAGAAGUGGUAAGUGAGAUGUUGGUAGGAGAUCUGGAAAAGGGGGAUCGCUUGGAGGCUCUCAUAUAUUCUGCUAUAUACUUGAAGUGGAUUAACACAGGACAGAUUCCAUGUUUUGAAGAUGGAGGACACCACAGGCCAAAUAGACAUGCGGAGAUUUCCAGGCUCAUAUUUCGUGAACUGGAAAGAAUUUCCUAUGAGAAAGACGCAACACCCCAGGAUGUACUUGUCAUCCGCAAGAUUCAUCCAUGUUUGCCAUCAUUUAAGUCGGAAUUCACUGCAUCUGUUCCCUUAACUCGAAUAAGAGAUAUUGCUCACCGGGGUGACAUCCCUCAUGAUCUCAAGCAAGAGAUCAAACAUACAAUUCAAAACAAGCUUCAUCGUAAUGCGGGCCCAGAAGAUUUGAUUGCUACAGAGGCCAUGCUUGCCAGAAUUACCAAGAAUCCUGGGGAAUAUAGUGAAGCAUUUGUGGAACAAUUCAAGAUAUUUCACCAUGAACUUAAAGAUUUCUUUAAUGCUGGAAGCCUUGCCGAGCAACUCGAGUCAAUCCGGGAAUCUUUGGACAACCAGAGCCUACCUGCACUUACUGAAUUUUUGGAGUGUAAGAAGAAUUUGGACAAGUUGGAAGAGUCAACUGAUUCCUUAAAAAAUGGUGGUAUUGAUGUAAUAAUGGAUACCAUGAGUUCCUUGACGCGUCUAAGAGCUGUGAUUGUAAAAGGUCUUGAAAGUGGUCUGAGAAAUGAUGCUCCUGAUGCUGCUAUAGCAAUGCGUCAAAAGUGGCGCCUCUGUGAAAUUGGCCUUGAGGACUACUCAUUUGUUCUAUUAAGCAGAUUCCUCAAUGCACUUGAAGCUAUGGGAGGGACAUCUUGGCUUGCACGGAAUGCAGGUUCAAAGAAUGUUGGUUCCUGGAAUAGCCCACUUGCUGCCCUUAUCAUUGGCAUUCGCCAGGUGGGACUUUCUGGUUGGAAGUCAGAGGAAUGUAAUGCUAUUGAGAGUGAGCUUCUUGCAUGGCAACAGAAAGGUCUAUCUGAAAGAGAAGGUGAUGAAGAUGGCAAGGCUAUUUGGGGAUUGAGACUCAAAGCUACUUUUGAUAGAUCCAGGAGAUUAACUGAAGAAUAUACUGAAGUACUUCUUCAGAUCUUUCCUCCUAAAGUCCAGAAACUAGGAAAAGCUCUUGGGAUUCCUGAGAACAGCGUAAGAACAUAUACUGAAGCAGAAAUUCGUGCAGGUGUUAUUUUUCAGGUCUCAAAGCUUUGCAGUCUUCUUUUAAAAGCUGUACGAAGUGUGCUGGGUUCCGAAGGAUGGGAUGUUCUUGUCCCAGGAACAGCUGUUGGAACCCUUGUACAGGUAGAGAAUAUAGUUCCUGGUUCUUUACCACCAUCUCUCAAUGGACCUGUUAUUUUGGUGGUCAACAAAGCUGAUGGCGAUGAAGAGGUAAAGGCUGCUGGGAGUAACAUUGUAGGGGUGGUGCUCUUACAGGAGCUGCCUCAUCUAUCACAUCUUGGUGUUAGGGCCCGACAAGAAGAGGUUGUCUUUGUGACUUGUGAAGAUGAUGAUAAAAUUUCUUACAUCCGUAAACUUGAUGGGAAGUUUGUGAGAUUGGAUGCAUCAUCCACAGGGGUUGAGCUAUCUGCUUCAUUGUCUGGUAAUAAAAAAGAUGAUUUGCCUGUGAAGAAUGUAUCAAGCAAUGGAACUCCAUUCGAAAUAGAAGACCAGCGAAAGGAAGCUUCUUCCUGGUCUGCGGUCAAAGCAUCCAAGUCAUAUCAGGGUCCUGCUACAGAUGGAGUUCUGGAUCUUGCAGAUGCGACUACUGACACAUCCGGUGCAAAGGCAGCUUCUUGCGGUCACCUUGCUUCUUUAGCAAUGCUAUCUGAGAAAGUUUACAGUGACCAAGGCAUCCCAGCUUCAUUUCGCGUUCCUGCAGGGGCAGUGAUACCGUUUGGAUCAAUGGAAUUAGCAUUACAGAAAAGUGGAUCCUUGGAAAACUUCUAUUCCCUCAUAGAACAGAUAGAGACUGCCAAAAUUGAAGGUGGCGAACUUGACAGAGCAUGCAGCCAACUCCAGGCUCUGGUCUCAGCUCAGCAUCCAUCUGAGAAAAUCAUUGAAAGCAUAGUGAAAAUCUUUCCCACCAAUGGCCGCCUAAUUGUUCGCUCAAGUGCCAACGUUGAGGACUUGGCUGGCAUGUCAGCUGCUGGACUGUACGAUUCGAUCCCGAAUGUGAGCCCUUCGAAUCCUGUGGUAUUUGGAGAUGCAGUGGGCCGGGUAUGGGCUUCAUUGUACACCAGGAGGGCAGUUCUAAGCCGCCGAGCUGCUGGUGUGCCACAGAAAGAUGCGACGAUGGCUGUUCUGGUCCAGGAAAUGCUGUCACCAGAACUAUCCUUUGUGCUCCACACGCUCAGCCCAACGAGCCGUGACCACACGUUGGUCGAGGCUGAAGUUGCACCUGGUCUUGGUGAAACGCUUGCUUCGGGCACAAGGGGCACACCCUGGCGACUCUCUUCUGGAAAGUUUGAUGGUAAAGUGAGCACCCUAGCAUUUGCAAACUUCAGUGAAGAGCUGUUGGUGCUCAGUUCUGGGCCUGCAGAUGGGGAAGUCAUCCGAUUAACUGUGGAUUACAGCAAAAAGCCAUUGACAGUGGACCCCAUCUUCCGUCGGCAGGUAGGCCAGCGCCUCUGCGCCAUCGGUUUCUAUCUUGAGCAAAACUUUGGGGGCCCACAGGAUGUUGAAGGGUGCAUCGUUGGCAAAGACGUAUUCAUAGUGCAAACACGACCCCAGCCAUAAUAAAAGCUUCAUGUUUGGUGUUUAUCUUUCACCCACCUUGUACACGUGUAAUCUUGUCCGAUCAAAAAUGUAACGCGCAGGAAUGCAUGAUAAUGUGUUCUCUCAACCUUCAACAGACUGGGAAAAAAAUGUGAUAUUUCAUAAUGAAAAUCCAUGAAUAAGAGAUCGGGGCAAUGCAAUGAAAACA